CAUUUGUUGUCAGGACAACUAGCAACAAGUAACGCUCUCAAAAUUUAUUUACAUACCAACCGUAUAGAUUCUUAAUUUAAAUUUUCGUUGCAUUUUAACUAGUUUUAUAUAGUGUAUAUAUAGUUGUAAUUUUCGAUUUAAAUAGUUGUGAAAUCAUGGAUGAGUUUGGUUGCUUCGAUGCCAAGAAGCCGGCAGGACCUCGUUUGCCGGAUUGGCGUACAUCAACCUAUCGCGGACAUCGACACAUUACGGACACACGGCAGGGCAAUAAACUGAGUGCUCCAGUCGAGUGCACCAACAAAGGUGUCUAUGUCCGUGAUAAGUUGAUGCACGACAAGCAGCUCUCCGAAGUGGCUGACAAUUAUACGUGGAAGUACUGUGAUCCGUUUAUCUUACGGAAUCCCUCGCUCAACAUGAAGACGCAGUUUAUGAAGCGCUUCGAGGAGGGCAACUUGCGUUUUGUUAAGCGAAAAAUCAAACCAAUGACCAGCGUCAGCCAGGACACUUAUACGCACACUGAGCUGCCGUUUGAAGCCGAUCCACUGCCCAUACAUAUGCCCACACCGGUGGAGACCACCAAAGUCAUCAUCGAUCGCUCGAAGCCAAGUUAUACAAAGUAUUUGGACCCAGGCGCAACUACAUACAAUCUGUCCUAUGUGCACAUGUCACCGCAGGAUGUGCAGGCCAGCGUUGCUGUUCAUGACAACAUUACUUUUUGGAACUGGUCACAGCAUGCGCCUGCUGUGGUUCCGGUUGCGCGUGAAGCGGAUGAGAUAAUGUGCGAUGAGACUGCCGCUAAGGAUUGCACUAAACGUCGCUUGGAGUAUCAGUGUCAGAUCGCACGUGUGCCGCACACUGGCUUGAUCACCGAGGUGCAGGCCAACUAUUUGGAUCCCAAGUUGAACAAGGAGUACAUCGAGUACGAUACGACGGAUGUGAAGCCUCUGUUGGUUCACGAGACAGUGACGCCAUUUGCUACACUUAGCGAGUAUGAUGUCUAUGGCUCUGGGCAACCAGUUAUUAAAUAUGUUUAGAAUAUUCGAUUAAAAA